AGUGCCCCCAAACAGGCUGGAGUGAAACGAGCGGCUACGGCGGCGCCGGCUCGCACGCGCGCUGCGGCGGCUCCCUCCCAGCCUCCUCCUCUCCCCUCAGUCCCUUUCCCCUUCCCCACCCCGCCCCGCCGGGCCAGCGCGAGCCAUCGCCCGCCCUCGGCAAACCGCCCCCAACCGCCGCCCGCGCGCAGCGGGCUGGGCCCCUCGCUCCUCCCCUCAGGCCCACGGGCGCCGGGCGCUCUCCUCCUCGCGCCUCGCACUCUCGCACCUCGCGUGCACGCGGGUGAGCGGCGCCGCCAUGCGCGCCCAGUCCCAGGCUGCACACUGGCCUAGGCGCGGCGGCCCGAGAUAGGGUCCCCUGAGCCUCCCGGGGGAGGAGAGGAGCCAGCCGCGCGCUCCGCCCCCUCCCCCCGGGUUGCCGCCGCUACCGCCACCGCCACCUCGCCGCCCCAGCCUGGCGGGGAAGAGGAGGAGCAGUUGCAGGCCUCCGGGCCCCGGCACCGCCGCCCGCAGGGUAAUUCUGAUUCAUUGCAUCCUUGAAGAACAUCAAUAGAAGAGGGGGAAAAAAGAUGGGUGUGAAAACAUUUACUCACAGCUCCUCUUCCCACAGCCAGGAAAUGCUGGGAAAACUAAAUAUGCUACGAAAUGACGGACAUUUUUGUGAUAUCACUAUUCGUGUCCAGGACAGAAUCUUCCGGGCUCACAAGGUGGUACUAGCAGCUUGCAGUGAUUUCUUUCGAACCAAACUUGUGGGCCAAACAGAAGAUGAGAACAAAAAUGUGUUGGAUCUGCAUCAUGUUACAGUGACUGGCUUUAUACCUCUGCUGGAAUACGCUUACACAGCCACUCUGUCCAUUAACACGGAAAAUAUUAUUGAUGUUCUAGCAGCAGCCAGCUAUAUGCAAAUGUUUAGUGUUGCUAGUACAUGCUCAGAGUUCAUGAAAUCAAGUAUUUUGUGGAAUACACCUAAUAGCCAACCAGAAAAGGGUCUAGAUGCUGGACAAGAAAAUAGUUCCAACUGCAAUUUUACUUCUCGAGAUGGAAGCAUUUCUCCAGUGUCUUCCGAGUGCAGUGCUGUGGAAAGGACCAUUCCUGUCUGCCGAGAGUCCCGGAGAAAACGCAAAAGCUACAUUGUUAUGUCUCCUGAGAGCCCUGUAAAAUGUAGCACACAAACAAAUUCCCCCCAGGUACUGAAUUCUUCAGCUUCCUAUGCAGAAAAUAGAAAUCAGCCAGUUGAUUCUUCUUUAGCGUUUCCAUGGACUUUCCCUUUUGGAAUUGAUAGGAGGAUUCAGCCUGAGAAAGCAAAGCAGGCAGAAAAUACCCGGACUUUAGAGUUGCCUGGCCCAUCCGAGGCAGGUAGAAGGAUGGCUGACUAUGUGACUUGUGAGAGCACAAAAACUACCUUGCCUCUAGGUACAGAAGAAGAUGUCCGGGUCAAAGUAGAAAGAUUAAGUGAUGAGGAGGUUCAUGAGGAAGUGUCCCAGCCCGUUAGUGCAUCUCAGAGCUCACUGAGUGAUCAGCAGACGGUGCCUGGAAGUGAACCAGUUCAAGAGGACCUUCUGAUUAGUCCACAGUCUUCCUCUAUAGGCUCAGUGGAUGAAGGAGUCACUGAAGGAUUGCCUACACUUCAGAGCACUUCUAGCACCAAUGCUCAUGCAGAUGAGGAUGACAGAUUGGAAAAUGUUCAGUAUCCCUAUCAACUCUACAUUGCUCCUUCUACCAGCAGUACAGAACGACCAAGUCCAAAUGGUCCAGACAGACCUUUUCAGUGUCCAACCUGUGGGGUUCGCUUCACCCGUAUUCAGAAUCUAAAACAGCACAUGCUUAUCCACUCAGGAAUUAAACCAUUUCAGUGUGACUGCUGUGGAAAAAAGUUUACCAGGGCUUACUCGCUAAAGAUGCAUCGCCUAAAGCACGAAGGUAAACGCUGUUUCCGGUGCCAGAUAUGUAGUGCCACUUUCACUUCCUUCGGGGAGUAUAAACACCAUAUGAGGGUUUCCCGGCACAUUAUCCGCAAGCCUCGGAUUUACGAGUGCAAAACAUGUGGCGCCAUGUUCACCAACUCUGGAAAUUUAAUCGUGCACCUGAGGAGUCUGAACCAUGAAGCAUCAGAGCUAGCAAACUACUUCCAGAGCAGUGAUUUCUUAGUACCGGACUACUUAAACCAGGAGCAAGAAGAGACCCUUGUUCAGUAUGAUCUUGGAGAACAUACUUUUGAAAGCAACUCUUCUGUUCAAAUGCCUGUGAUUUCACAGGUCUCCUCAACCCAGAAUUGUGAAAGCACUUUUCCCCUGGGGUCUCUUGGUGGGCUUGCAGAAAAGGAGGAGGACCUGCAAGAGCAGCCAAAGACCAGUGCUCACGAUGAUGCUCCCAGAGAUGACCCCCCCAAGGCAGAGCUGUCUUCUAUAACUAUUGAGUGAUUCUGUGAUUGGCCUGGGUUUUGGGGUUUUUUUGUUUUGUUUUGUUUUUGUUUUUGUUUUGUUUUGUUUUUUUGGAAAGUGCCUGUGCUUGGUCUCAUAUGUUUAAAUUUAAUUUAAUUUUUUAAAAAAGGGUUCCCUUUGUAAGCUCUGAAACUAGAGGGUUCUUUGUUUUGUUUUUUUCAUAGCUGAGAGAUUGCUUUAGUAUGUAUACAAUAAGGUAACAUUGAAACAGAACAUAAACUUUAAGAGUAAGGAAAAGCAGCUGACUUAGAACAUGGCAGUUCUUCCUCCCAUUGUUAAAAGUGGGCAGCAGCAGAUACAAAAGAAGUCGGGUUGUUGUUGACCUUUCUGAGAUAAGAGGGCUAAUGAGAAGUUACUAAAGAGUUUGACAAAGCCUAAGGAAUGUUUACUCCUGGACACAGGGUGUUAGAAACCCUGUAGUUUUGGAAGAAUUUACGGUAUUUUUUUUUUUUUCAGAUGACGGUAAAUAACUUCUGAAUCCAGUAUAUUCUUUUUUUUUUUUUAAGCCAUUUUGGAUUUUCAUGGUGAAAAAUUAGUAUCAGGCAGGUAUUUCCUGUACCUUUAUAGUACUCCUCCAAAGGCUAGGUGUGGUUGAGAAGAGUCAGGCGUGCGUGGAAUGGCAGGGUGCAGAACGAGGUACGUAUACCCAGCUUUGCAGGAACUCUCUUCAGACUGUUUUUCUUACUGGCCAUUGACUGCUGACAUCUGGUUAACUAGGACAUUGCUCACAUAAGUGUCCUCGUGUCCCAUCAACAGCACUUUCACUUGCAUAUAUACUAUUGUGCUGCCAUAUAAAAGAAAAAUAUUGAAGAUAUUCUAUAUUUUAUAUAUAGGUUUAUGUAUUGUUGAGGAUGUCGAUGCUGUGCUGUUUUGGACAAAAUAAAAGAAUUCUGUUUUGAGGCUACAUUCUUAACCCAAUUAAGAUUGUUUACAAGAUCACAUUUGACAACAAUAUAAUGUUCUUAUUCCAAAAUAUUUUAAGGUAUUGCCAAGUUUGUUAAAAGCCGCUAUUACAUAGUUUUCACAGGAUGUGAGCAAUAAUGUGAAAGAUAAGAGGUGGUAAAAUGAUCAUCUAUGACUCAAAACUUAGAGGAGCGAUUGUUAAGACUAAGAUCUAAAAACUUUGCUACUCAGAUGAUAAAAUUUAUAUGAUACUCUAGAUUGGGAUAUACUUUUUUAUCUGCUGCCAUUAAAGCCUCUUUGAUCUGAAGUAUCCAUGAAUCAAUAAAUAAUGAACUUA